AUGAAAGCUGCACCUCGCCCACAGGUCGCUUCCCUUCUUGCGCCCUGCCGGGCUGGCAAGAGGUUUGUCAGUGAAACGAGCAACACCCGCUCCUCGGUUGCGGCCACUGCGACCAGCGCGCUCUGGCAGCCUCUCGCGCCUGCUCCCGCUCCGCCGCCGCGGCAGGCUCUCGCCGCGCCACUGGCCAAGUUGCCGCUGGCGAACGUGUUGAGAUCGUUGCUGGUGUUGUCUAUUUCGUCAUCCCCCAUCCUACUCAAGCCAUGCAUAUAUACCCUGUCUCGCCUGGCGCACCCACGCACCGCACUGUGGGAUGUCGCCAAGAACCCGCUCCUGAACAUGCUGGUCAAGCACACCAUCUACAAGCAGUUUAAUGCCGGCGAGAACAAGGCCGAAGUGCAGCAGUCAAUUCAGAAUAUCAAGUCCCUGGGCUGCCGUGGUGUUCUGUUGGGAUAUGCGCGGGAGAUUCUGGUGGGCGAAAACCAGGAUGCGGUGUAUGAUGCGAAGGCUGCUCGCGCGGAGAUCCAGAUGUGGCUGGAUGGCACUUUGGCCACUGUUGAUAUGGCCCAUGAAGGCGACUUCAUUGCUUUGAAAUUCACCGGAAUGGGCAUCGACGCCCUCCGCCUGCUGCAGCAGGAAGCUCCACCAACUGAAUUCAUGGAUGUCUCGAUCAAGAAAGUCUGUGAUAUGGCUGUCGCCCGCGGUGUGCGUCUGCUCGUCGACGCCGAGGAGCAAGCCGUGCAACCUGGCAUCGAGGCUUGGAUCAUGAAGUACCAGAAAUACUGCAACACCAAGACCCCGGGCCGCGCCACUUUCUACGGCACCUACCAGGCCUACCUGCGCUCUACACCCGCCACUCUGGCCCGUCACCUUGAGACUUCCCGACGCGAGGGCUACACGCUGGGUGUCAAGCUCGUCCGCGGUGCAUAUCUCAAGACGGAGCCGAGGAAUCUGAUCUGGGCGGAGAAGGAGGAGACAGACGUAUGCUACGACGGGAUUGUCGAGGCUCUCCUGACUCGUCGCUACAACUCCAUGCUGCAGCCUCCUGCGAAGGAUACCCCCACGGAACUGCCAUCGGUGAACGUCAUCAUCGCCACGCACAACCGCGAAUCUGUGAAGAAGGCCCACGCCCUGCGCAUGCUGCAGGCGACUCGUGGCGAAAACUACGACGUGGAUCUGAGCUACGCCCAGCUGCAAGGCAUGGCCGACGAAGUGAGCUGCGAGCUGGUGCAGGGCUUCGAGAGCGCCGAAGCCGCUGUCGGUGUCACACCGCUUGAGGCGCCUCAUGUCUACAAGCUGCUGACGUGGGGAUCCGUCAAGGAGUGCAUGGGUUUUCUCAUGCGGCGGGCUAUGGAGAAUACCGAGGCGGUCGGGCGCACCAAGGAGUCCCAGCUGGCGAUGAUGAGCGAGUUGAAGCGCCGAUGCUGGAUGAUUCUCAGAGGCGGCAACUGA